CCAUGACCCAUGUAGACGUAGGUUCCCCAGAAGGAUCCCGAGGGAAAAUUGUCCCACAAUUGAGAAAGCCAGCGGAGCUCCGCGCGUCCACACCUGCCAUUUGUUUUUCUUUUUUUGGUUACCUUCCCUCCUAAGGAAACAGACACCGCGUCUGGUCCGUAGCAACAAGCUCCACUCCCCCUUCUUGUAUUAGAAUUAUCCGGUUGCCUCUCUUCCUCAAUUUCCAAAGAUUCAAUUUUUUUUUGCGCGAUUUGGAAUCAGGGUCUGAUUGUGAUCUAACUGAGUCAUGUCGAUGCUCGACUCCUUCUUCAACAAGGGCUUCAAAGCUGCCAAAUGUAAAACCCUACUGAAAUUGACGAUUCCGAGGAUAAAGUUGCUGAGGAACAGGAGAGAGAUUCAGAUAAAGCAGAUGCGCCGAGACAUUGCCAAGCUUCUUGAGACGGGUCAAGAAGCCACAGCUCGCAUUCGGGUCGAGCAUAUUGUGAGAGAAGAGAACAUGAUGGCUGCUCAGGAGAUCAUUGAGCUGUUCUCUGAGCUUAUUUCCGUCCGCCUUCCGAUUAUUGAAUCACAAAGGGAAUGUCCUCUAGAUUUGAAGGAAGCAAUAUCCAGUGUUUGCUUUGCAGCACCAAGAUGUGCCGAUCUACCAGAGUUGCUGCAGGUUCAAAUGCUAUUUGCAACCAAAUAUGGAAAGGAAUUUGUAUCAGCUGCAUCAGAGCUUAUGCCAGAUUGUGGUGUUAAUCGCCAGUUAAUAGAACUGCUUUCAGUUCGUGCCCCUUCACCCGAGAAGAAACUAAAGCUUCUGAAAGAAAUAGCUGAAGAGCAUGAGUUAGAUUGGGAUCCAGCAGCCUCUGAAACUGAGUUUUUCAAAACUCAUGAAGAUUUAUUGAACGGCUCAACACAGUUUGUAAGUGGGUCUAAAUUGCCCCUUCCUAAAGAAAAACAUGAUGAGACAUUGUAUUCUACCACUGAACAAUCAUACAAAGAACAGCCAGAAUCUGAUUCCGGCUUUGAUGCAUUAGAUCUUCCUGAAGUUCCUAAGGUAUCAUUACAGCCAAGUGCAAGUGUUGCUUCAGCGCCAGCAGUGGUCCCAUCUUUUCAAGCUGCUCAGCAUCCUAUUAUUGGUCAUGAAUCACCAAAGCAUUCUGGAGUUAUUGAAAAUUCGUCACAGGAGCCGCAUUUAGAACCUGAGGAAGUGAUGCAAGAAAGAUCAGUGGCGAACAAAAAUGAACAACCUAGUGUUCCAGCUGGUGUUGUGGAAGAUAAACAAUUUGUGCCAUUUAUCUCUGCUCCAUCCCUAUCUUCUGCAUCAUUUUCUGCAACACAAAGUAACCCACCAGCCACAUCAUUUAUCUCUCCCCCAUCCCUAUCUUCUGCAUCAUUUUCUGCAACACAAAGUAACCCACCAGCCACACUCUCAAGAGCAAAAAGUGAGGCCAACGUGGAUUUUCAGGAUGUCUUGGCUGCAGCUCAGGCUGCUGCAGAAAGUGCAGAACGUGCAGCAGCCGCAGCUCGCUCAGCAGCUAGUCUUGCACAGGUCAGAAUUAAUGAGCUCACCAAGAAAAGUAGUGACCAAUUCCUUGAGAAUAGCUCUGAGGAGCGGUUUGAUAACGAUAUUCCUGACCAGUCGGGAGCCAAUGAAAAUCCACAUUAUGAUCAUCAAAGCUUGUUUGGCAAUUCCAAUGAUGUUGUUGUAAAUUCCCCUGAGCCCCAUCUAGAUGAUGAAGACUCCCAGAGAUCAGAGACAUCAAGUUUUGACACGCUCAAAGUUGAUUUUGAUUCCUCUCUUCCCAAUGAUCAUGGUUUUGAAAAUGAGCUUGCUCGUCACCACCAGCCCCAGAGAUUGCCUUCAAUGGAUGAUGACCCGUAUUUCUCAUAUCCGAACUUGUUUACAUCACAGAAUCCAGGUCUUGGAUCUGCUGCUCAUUCUUCCUCAGAUAAUUCCCGAUCCACCCAUGAGGUCUAAGUUUAAUUAUGUGCCCAUGAGGCCUUUGCUCAUCUUUGUUUCAAGGUCAUACUGUUGAGUGGAUGUAACCUCCAGUUAUGGCUUUUCUUUUUCUUUCAUUUGUAAAGAGCGCAGUUAUAAUGUUAUUAAAUGUUAUAGGCGUGUAAUUUGCGUCAAAAGGUCUCCCCCCCUGUGUUUAUGAACAUGUAGCCAUCAAGAAUAUUCAACUGCUUUUGCAGUUGUUAAACUGCCCUUGAUGGCUAUGCUAGAGUAUGUUGAGUGUGCAACAUUUUUAUA